AGUAUUUGCGAGUCACUGAUGUACUUCCGGAUAUCACAGAAGUCGCUGUGAACGGCUGCAGUAAUUGAAAAGUAGAUGUAUUGAAUUUUAGCAAUUGUAUUUCCCUGAGUUUUAGGGUGUAGUAGACUAUCUAUAUUGACCACGACUAUGUACCGACCAGGCGAACAUCCACGUGGACCGCCGCCGUUCAGACCCUUUCCACCUGGCCUGCCAUACAACGUCAGGGGGCCAAGUACCUACCCUCCCAACGGACCCGUGCCUCCUGGACCCUACUCUGUGCCUCCACCUGACAUUAAUUUUAUCCACAAUAUACCUCGGAGGGACGAUUUUAACAGAUCCAAUUGUAGCAGCUUCUCCAUCGACGCUAGUACAGUGAUUGGUUUGGGAGGCAGCCGGCAGAUAGUCUCUCCUGCAGACCCACCACAGCAGCACGUUCCGCAGUGGAAUUCCACACCUGGGAAAAAUCUCGGCGAUAGUGAUCAAGCCGGGGAGGUGUUCUUGAGAUGCCUUGCAGCAAACAAACCGCUCCCAGACUAUUUGAAAGGGGACAUGGCAUACAAUCUUGCAGAAGCGUUGAAGUCGGCCAGUGUCCUGAAGGACACGCUCAAAUCGGAUCAUGUGUUCAAUAAGAUCAUGAGCAGGAGCCGAAGUCGGGGACGCAGCCGUGGGAAAUCACGAGCCAAAAGCUGUGGACGAAGUAAAAGCAGAGCACGCAGCAGAAGUCGCAGGAGCAGCAGUGCACGGAGUAAAAGCAGAGGACGCAGCCGAAGUCGUAGGAGCCGAAGUCGCAGGAGCCGAAGUCGAACUCGUGGCAAGAGUUUAGCCAGAGACAAGACUCGCAUCAGGAGCCGCAGCAGGAGUCACAGCAAGAAAAGACACGCGAGAAGCAAGAGUCGGCUCAGAAGGUCCAAAUCGCGAAGUAGGAGUCGCAGUACUGAGAAAAGGCACAGUAAAGAUUUAAAGAUGAAAAUGAACCUAAAUGAUUCUAAAAGCAACAUAAUGGGAAAUAAUGAUCAACCAGGGAAAAGUCUGGUGGAAGGACUAAAGAUGGUCAUGAAAAGCAAGGAACUCGAAGAGCGGUUGCCAGAUCUCAAAGAUGCCAUUCUUACGAUAAAGGCGUCCAAGGAAGGCAAAAGCCAAAAUCUGAUUCAGGAGAAUUCCUCACUGGAAAACGAAAGCACGGUUCUUCCCCACGACAGAGUAGGAAGCGAUUUCUUUUGGCUUCAAACUCAAACAGCGGAAGCAACGUCCGGACACCCAAAGGCAGAUGAAUUAGAAGACGAAGAGUCGUUCCUGUAUGGAAAAGAAGUUACCGAACGAAGGGAUAAGUCCGGCGUCGCUCUUUUCCCAGAAUUUUCCCAGCACGAUAGAAACUCCAAACCGCAAGAUACUACUUUGGCCGAUAAACAGCGUGCACAGACCCCAUUUAGUAACUCAGGAAGUCAAAGACCCGUUUCUGUCAAUUUGGAGAGGAGGGAAUAUGCCAAGGUCAAGGACAUAAUGAACCGUCAGAGCAGCGCAGAAGUCAGGAACACCGUUUCUCCUGCAUCAGGUUUUCCUGCUGGAACAGCAGUGAACUCGACAAUGCCACCAAUGAAAACUUCGAAUAUUCAGCAGGCUUUGGAAUCUCUACAGUCCCUGAUCAAAGCCACAAAGGAAAAGCGGGAAAGAAAUGAAGGUUCAGGCAUGUUUCUGAAUUCUGACAAACAAAGGGCAUGUCAUAUUGAAUACAAAAAGAAAGAGAAACACGAAAAAAUAACUCAAAUAGAAUGCCUGAUGAAGGAACUGAAUGAGUUAAUGACGAAGGAUGGACUCGGUUUUCUGACGCCAGUGAUUGGGUUUUACUGUCAGAAAUGCGAGGAGUUCAUCGGAGACUUGGGUUCAGCUGAAAACCAUGCAAGUGUCCAUCAAGAAAAAAACCCGAGUGGUAAAGUGCAAACAGAUACAAAAUCUGAACAGAAGCAGGACGGAGCCAAGAAAGCACCGCUCCAUCCUUUAAGCUCCGGUCACCAACACCACCAGGAACCCGACCCGACCCGAAAAAUCCACAGGGAUUACAAGUCCCAUAAAGAUUUAGGAAACCGCAAGCCCCACGUAGACCAUCAACAGGACUGGGGGAACCACAGAAAUUCCAAGGAGAGACAUGGAGACGUCGUGAAAAAUGAGAUGUGUAAGGAGAGGAUGCUCAUCACGGUGGGUCUUGGACCAACUCCUUCCAAUGUCAGGAUAAACGAGGAGGGAAACAAGGAACUGAGUAGCAGUAACCAACCCGGUUUCAAAGUGGAAGACAAAAACAAGAAAAACCAAAGUAAAGGAAGCGGCGGUAAGGACAAACACAACAACAGUGACGACAGUGAUGAGGGUAAAAAGAAGUCGAAGAAAAAGAAGAAGGAUAAGGACAAGAAAAAGAAGAAAAAGAAGGGGGAUAAGUAAUAAAUAAUAUUCAUGGAAUGUAAUGUUGAUGUUUGGGUUUUAGGUUUACAGGACGGGGUGCUAAAAUAAAUGUAUACGUUUACAGUACAACACAGUACUGCAGUUUUUAAAAAGCUGGUCAACGUCAACACUUUUGUUCAUUUGCUUCUGUUACUUCUUGAUUCUUGUUCUUUUGAACCAAGGGCACUUGUAAAAAUAUUGGUUUACUACGCUUAGUUGUUGGUCUAAUAAAAUAAGUCCCUCACCUGACUCCUUCCUUCUU